CUGUUUUUGUUUUCUUCAAAUUUCGUUUCUUUUCUUUUCCUUUUCGUGGCUGACUUUUGACUUCACAUCUAAGCAUAAGCAAAGUAGCAAGCGAGAAACGGGAAAAGCGAAACGCAAAAGCGGUUGUUGAAUUUGGAUGUGGAAUUUUCGCGUUCGAAUUGGAGGGAGAGAGAGGAAAACAGGAUUAGCAUAACCGUAGAAGCAGGAGCAGAAUCACGUUUCGAUGGAGGCGGUGGCCGAGGGUCUAUGGGGACUCGCGGAGUUCCACGAGACGAGAGGAGAAAUUGGGAAAGCAGUGAAGUGCCUGGAAGCCAUAUGCCAAAGCGAGGUUUCGUUUUUCCCAAUCGUUGAGGUCAAGACUCGUCUUCGCAUUGCCACACUUCUCCUCCACCAUUCGCACAACGUCAACCACGCCAAGUCCCACCUCGAACGUUCCCAAUUGCUUUUGAAGUCUAUUCCGUCUUGCUUCGAAUUGAAGUGCAGAGCGUAUAGCUUGCUCAGCCAGUGUUACCAUCUCCUCGGAGCUAUUCCACCGCAGAAACAGGUCUUGCACAAGGGACUUGAGCUCACUGCAUCUGUUGGAUACGAGAUUUCAAUGAAGUUGUGGUCUUGCAACUUCAAUUCACAGCUUGCAAAUGCUUUAUCUAUUGAAGGGGACUACCAGGGUUCAAUCUCUGCCUUAGAGUGUGGAUAUGUCUCUGCUACUGAAGUAUGCUUGCCAGAGUUGCAGAUGUUUUUUGCCACUUCAAUAUUGCAUGUCCGACUCAUGCAAUGGGAUGAUGAUAAUUUGGUAGAGCAAGCUGUUAAUAAAUGCAACGAGAUUUGGGAGUUAAUCGAUCUUCAUAAACGACGACAAUGCCCUGGCUUACUAUUUUAUAACGAAUUACUUCACAUAUUCUACCGAUUGCGACUAUGUGAUUACAAGAAUGCUGCACCUCAUGUAGACAAUCUGGAUGCUGCCAUGAAGUUUGAUAUGCAGCAAACACAGCAAAUACAGGAGCUAGUGAAGGAGCUUGAAGUUCUAGAUCAAAGUCUCUCACGGUCUGACCUUCACUACAGGGAUAUGACAGCAUUAUCUAGAAAGCAAACAAUGAUUAAGGAGCAACUCAGCAGCAUGACUGGAUUGAAUUUAAUUGGGCAGGAAUCACUGCAACCAGUUUAUUUUGGGAAUGUCAGAAGGACUAUAGGAGAUAAGCUUCAAUUAGCUCCUCCUCCCAUUGAUGGUGAAUGGCUUCCUAAAAGUGCUGUCUAUGCAUUAGUUGAUCUAAUAGUUGUUGUAUUUGGUCGCCCAAAGGGACUUUUUAAGGAAUGUGCUAAACGCAUACAAUCUGGGAUGCAUAUAAUACAAGAUGAAUUAGUAAAGCUUGGAAUUACUGAUGGUGUUAGAGAAGUGGAUUUACAACACUCUUCUAUCUGGAUGGCUGGUGUGUACUUAAUGCUACUAGUUCAAUUUCUUGAAAACAAAGUGGCUAUUGAACUCACACGAGCAGAAUUUGUUGAAGCACAAGAGGCUUUGGUACAGAUGAAAAAUUGGUUCAUGCGGUUUCCAACCAUAUUACAGGCGUGUGAAUGCAUCAUUGAGAUGCUUAGAGGUCAAUAUGCUCAUUCAGUUGGCUGUUACAACGAAGCUGCUUUUCAUUAUAUUGAGGCAGUGAAGCUUACAGACAGCAAAUCAAUGCAAGCUAUGUGCCAAGUUUAUGCAGCUGUCUCUUACAUCUGCAUUGGUGAUGCUGAAUCUUCUUCACAGGCACUUGAUUUGAUCGGCCCAGUUUAUGGAGUAAUGGAUUCUUUUGUAGGAGUUAGAGAAAAGACAGGUGUUCUUUUUGCUUAUGGUCUUUUAUUGAUGAAGCAACAGGAUCUACAAGAAGCAAGAAAUCGCCUGGCAAGGGGAUUGCAGCUGACGCAUACAUAUUUGGGAAACCUUCAACUUGUUUCACAGUAUUUGACAAUCCUAGGCAGUUUGGCCCUUGCAUUACGUGACACCGUACAAGCCAGGGAGAUAUUGAGAUCUUCUUUGACUUUAGCAAAGAAACUUUAUGAUAUUCCUACUCAGAUUUGGGUGCUAUCUGUUUUGACCGCUUUAUAUAAAGAAUUAGGUGAAAGGGGAAACGAAAUGGAGAAUGUGGAGUAUCAGGCAAAAAAAACAGAAGAUUUGCAGAGGAGGCUUGCUGAUGCACAUGCCUCCAUUUAUCAUAUUGAAAUAAUUGACAAAAUAAGACUUCAAGUCCACCAAUUAAACGAUUUGGACAUCAAGCGUGCAAUGACAGACCCAGCUCUGGGAGUCAAUCUUGAUAUCCCAGAAUCUAUUGGUCUGUCGGCAGCCAUGCCUGCUCCUUCAUCGUCAAGAUUUGUUGAUAUAGACACCAGAAGACGUGGAAAACGGAGACUUUAGUGUGUUCCUUGUGCAGGCAAAACCAUUAUAAUUUUUGUGAAUUAGUUGCAAGCUAUUGGUCCAAGGUCCAAGUGGGUUGAAGAGUUUAGCAGAUAGGGUUUCUAGCAAGCCCUCUUUUCACGCGCAUCACUGUAAAAGAUUCUGUACAGUUAAUUAGAAUGUUUUGCAUAAGUUAUAGAUGGAAUAGAUAUUAGAAGUUACCAAUUAACAUUUAGAAUAGAUGUUUAUUUCUAUUUUAUUCUUUUUGUACCGAAAGAGAAAAAAAAAGUAGAAUAGGUUUUUUAAGGCAGGUCCUUAGGAUUGUGUUUGUUCAGCUGUUUAUAGCAUUUUUCAAUUCAAAGAAGUCAGUAUGCUUUCUUAUUUGAAGAUGUUAUAUGUAAAUUAAUUGUAAUGGUUUUACUGAAAUAGAAAUUCAUGUACACUACAUC